AUGGCGGCCCUCAUCUCAGUGUGCGACUUUGUGCGGCAGGCACAGGAAGACCUCAGCUCGCCCACCACCUCUGCCUUCGCCAGCCACAUGGGCCGCUGCAAGGCCACUGCCAACAGCCUGGAGGAGGCCUUGGAUGCCGACCGAGCCGUGCUGCAGAAGAUGAGGAAAGCAGCCAAGGCGGAGCACAGCUGUGGACAAGACCUCAUCAGCCACCUCGAAGCCCACAUCGCUGCCCAGGAGAAGUUCUCAGCCAACUACCAGCUGGAGGGCGAGGAGCAGCUGGCCAGUGCCUUUAGCACCUUUGCUGCCUUCUCCCGGGAGCUGCUGACCGCUGUCAGGAGCCUGUGGCAGAGUUUGUACCACAACAUUAACUUUUCCCUGGAGUCAUUAAUAAAGGGUGACAUGAAAGACCUCAAAGGGGAGUUCAAGAAGCCCUUUGAGAAGGCCUGCAAAGACUAUGAGAGCAAACUCGCCAAGAUCGAGAAGGAGAAGCGCGAGCUGGCGAAGCAGCAUGGCAUGGUGCGGAACGAGGUGAGCGGGGGGGAGAUUGCCGAGGAGAUGGAGAAGGAGCGCAGGACCUUCCAGUUGAACAUGUGUGAGUAUCUAAUCAAAGUGAACGAGAUCAAAACCAAGAAAGGGAUUGACCUGCUGCAAAACCACAUCAAGCACUGCAGCUCACAGUUCAAUUUUUUCCAGGAAUGUUUAAACACAACGGCAAAACUUAAGAAGUUUACAGAGACACUCAUCCCAGAGCUGCAGAGUAUGAAGAUCAGGCAGGACGAGGAGAAGAAGCAGCUCUGCUCCCUUCGGGAUCAGCUGAAAACAGCGUUGCAGCUGGAGCAGAAAGAGGACCCUGGGAACAAGCAGGCAGGGUACAACAUGCACCAGCUGCAAGGGAACAGGCAGUAUGGCACAGAGAAGUCAGGGACCCUCUUCAAGAAAAGCGAUGGGUUGAGAAAAGUCUGGCAGAAGAGGAAAUGCACCAUCAGCAAUGGCUACCUGACCAUCUCUCACAGCAUGCCCAACCGCCCACCAGCCAAGCUGAAUUUACUGACCUGCCAGGUGAAGCCGAACAUGGAUGACAAGAAAUGCUUCGAUCUGGUUUCCCACAACCGCACGUACCGCUUCCUGGCAGAGGAUGAGCAGGACUGUGUCGCCUGGGUGUCCGUCCUCAGCAACAGCAAGGAGGAGGCGCUGAACGUGGCUUUCAGCAAAGCGCAGGGCGGAGGGGAGAGCAGCUGGGAGGAGCUGACCCGGGCCAUCAUCGAGGAGGUCAGAGGCAUGCCCAGGAACAGGGAGUGCUGCGACUGCUCAGCCCCAGAUCCCACUUGGCUCUCCGUUAACUUGGGCAUCCUGAUCUGCAUCGAGUGCUCUGGGAUUCACAGAGAGAUGGGCGUGCACCUCUCCCGCAUCCAGUCGCUGUCUCUGGACAAGCUGGCAACCUCUGAAUUGCUGCUGGUGAGGAAUAUUGGCAACUCUGGCUUCAACGACAUCAUGGAAGCGAAUCUCCCCAGCUUUUCCCUGAAGCCCACAGUGCACAGUGACAUGGCCUUUCGGAAAAAUUUCAUCAUUUCCAAGUAUGUCGAGAAGAAAUAUGCCAAGAGGAGCCCUGCUGCUCAGUGCUCCAGCCUCCCAGAAGCCGUGAAGGACAAGGACAUCUUUUCUUUGCUCCAAGCGUAUGCAGAGAACGUGGAUUUGAGUGAGCCUGUGCUGGCACCUCUGCAGGAACCUGGGGAGACCAUUCUCCACCUGGCAGUGCUGUUGUCUGAUCGAACCUCUUUGCAUAUUGUCGAUUUUCUUGUCCAGAACAGCAGGAGCCUGGCACAGCGGACGGCGGAGGGAAACACGCCGCUUCACUACUGCUGCUCUCACAACAAACCUGAGUGUGUCAAACUGCUGCUGAAGGCCAAAGCCAACAUCACCAUCACUAACAAAGUGGGAGAGACGGCCCUGGAUGUUGCCAGGAGGAUGAGACAUCCCCUGUGUGAAGAGCUGCUGCUGCAGGCCCAGAGCAACCAGUUCAACCCCCAUGUCCACGUGGAGUAUGAGUGGUGGCUGGGCCAAGAUGACAUGUAUGAGAGUGAUGAAGACCUGGAUGAGAAGCUGGGUCCUGUGAAGAGGGGGUCUGCCCGUCCCCAGAGCUGCUGCCACCCCCCUGCUUCUGCCCCCAGGCUGGAAGCAGCAGGGACAGUGCCCUGGGGGGGCUGGCCGGACAGCUGCCCCCCGCCAGCCGCCCACCUCUGCAGCCUGGACGUGCCACCGGCCCCCUUACCACCUCCAGUCCCGCCCCAGCGGGCAAAGCCAGCUCCCCAGGGAGCACAUCCACCCUUCCUUACCAGCUCGUCCGUCUUUGCUGAGGACACAAGAAGCAGGAGUAGCCCACCCCUGCCUCUGAGCAUCAAGCACAAGCGCACAUCCUCGGAGCCAGUGCCUUGGGUACCGCUCAGCUCUGAGCAGCCCAGCCCAACCAGCCUGGCUUCAGGUGCCCUGAAAGACAUGGACACCCUCUGCACGCCUGACCCCAGCAAAGCUGGACAGCCUGGCCCACAUCAAUCCCUCCAGGAGCCAGAUCCAUGUUCUGGCCGUGCCUGGGAUGUCCCACCUCUUCUUCCUCGGAGGAGCAGUUUGAACAGACUGCUGCUCCGCAGGGUCCGUGCUCUCUAUGACUGCGAUGCUGACCAGGAAGAUGAGCUGACUUUCCGCACAGGCGAGAUCAUUGUGGUGUCUGAAAAGGAGGACAGCAACUGGUGGAAAGGGUGGAUUGAAGGACAGCCUCACAGGCAAGGUGUCUUCCCCGCUUCAUUUGUUCACGUGCUCAAUGAGUAGGAGCCUCUUCAAUUCAAGAAGGAAGAUCUGAUCAGCUGCUUAAAAUGCAAUUCCCCAAGCUCCCAUCUGCACCGA